GGCCGCCGAGACACAACGUCGUCAAAGGGCGGUGCCAGACCCGGGACUUGGGGAUGUGGGCACCCCAAUUCGGCCCUAACGGCUUGGUCCCGGGGUGUCCGUUGUCCGGCUAGAGCUCUCCUUUCAGCCCUCUAGGCCGCACACCUGCUUCUCGGAGGCGUCAUGACGUCGCCGAUUCGGGGCCCGACCCUGAGCGACGGCGAGGAGGGCUCAGACAGCACGCCCCUCCUGAAGGGCGCCGCGCGGGCUAAAGCCGCUCCAGUGUGCUGCUCUGCUCGUUACAAUUUAGCAGUUUUGGCCUUUUUAGGUUUUUUCGUCCUAUAUGCAUUACGGGUGAAUCUAAGUGUGGCAUUAGUGGAUAUGGUAGAUUCAAAUACAACUUUAACGAAUAAUAGAACUUCCAAAGAGUGUGCAGAGCAUUCUACUUCCACAAAAGUUCUUCGUAAUCAAACGGGUAAAAGGUACCAAUGGGAUGCAGAAACUCAAGGAUGGAUUCUUGGUUCGUUUUUUUAUGGCUACAUCAUCACUCAGAUUCCUGGAGGAUAUCUUGCCAGCAAAGUAGGGGGAAAACUGCUGCUAGGAUUUGGGAUCCUUAGCACCUCUGUCUUCACCCUAUUCACUCCCAUUGCUGCAGAUUUCGGAUUUGGAGCUCUUAUUGCACUCAGAGCACUAGAAGGACUAGGCGAGGGUGUUACAUUUCCUGCCAUGCAUUCCAUGUGGUCUUCUUGGGCUCCUCCUCUUGAAAGAAGCAAGCUUCUUAGUAUUUCAUAUGCAGGAGCACAACUUGGAACAGUAAUUUCUCUUCCUCUUUGUGGAAUAAUUUGCCUUUAUAUGGACUGGACUUAUGUCUUCUACUUUUUUGGUAUCAUUGGGAUCAUUUGGUUUAUUUUAUGGUUCUGGUUAGUUAGUGAUACACCGGAAACUCACAAGACAAUCUCUCAGUCUGAAAAGGAAUAUAUUCUUUCAUCAUUAAGAAACCAGCUUUCUUCACAGAAGUCAGUGCCAUGGGUACCCAUACUAAAAUCACUACCACUUUGGGCUAUUGUAGUUGCACACUUUUCUUAUAACUGGACUUUUUAUACUUUAUUGACAUUAUUGCCUACAUAUAUGAAGGAAAUUUUAAGGUUCAAUGUUCAAGAGAAUGGGUUGUUAUCUGCACUACCUUAUUUCGGUUGUUGGGUGUGUAUGAUCCUAUCUGGUCAAGUUGCUGACACUUUAAGGGGAAAGUGGAAUUUUUCAACUAUAAGUGUUCGAAGAAUUUUUAGUCUUAUAGGAAUGAUUGGACCUGCAGUAUUCCUGGUAGCUGCUGGAUAUAUAGGUUGUAAUUAUUCUUUGGCUGUUGUAUUCCUAACCAUAUCAACAACACUGGGAGGCUUUUGCUCUUCUGGAUUUAGCAUUAACCAUCUGGAUAUUGCUCCUUCGUAUGCCGGUAUCCUCCUGGGCAUCACAAACACAUUUGCCACUGUUCCCGGAAUGAUUGGGCCUGUCAUUGCUAAAAGUCUAACCCCUGAUAACACUAUUGGAGAAUGGCAAAUUGUUUUCUGUAUUGCUGCUGCUAUUAAUGUAUUUGGUGCCAUAUUCUUCACGUUAUUUGCCAAAGGAGAAGUGCAAAGCUGGGCUCUCGGUGAUCACCAUGGACACAGAAACUGAAGGAACUAAUAAAUAAUCCUGUCUCUAUUAAUGUAUUUUUGUUUAUCAUGUAACCUGAAAGUGCCUUUGAUAUUUAAUGUGUAAACAUUCUAUAUACAAGAAAAAAAUUGUACUUGGAUUAAAUUUUUAAGGCUUAUAAUCAUGAAAUGUCACCAGAUUACUAGAAUUAGCUAUUUUUAAUUAUUAAUAAAGCACAUACGCUGGAACUUAUACUGUAGGGCCACAGACCUGGUUGCAAAUCAGGUAAUAUGAAGUAGAGGGUUUGUGUUUACUCUUAAUAGGCAUACUAAAAGGAAUGCGCUGAGAUGGACCCCUCUAUAACUUUGCUUAAUUAACUAAACCAGAUAAUCCUCAGGUCUUAGUAAAUACUUGUUUUUGUCUGCUUUCCUUGCAAUCCCUGACACUUAGGUCUCAAACUUUAACAUCUCCACAGAGCAGCCAGCCACUGUCUAAUUUGGCCUGGCAACUUCAAGGAGGGAAGCAUGCCCAAGCAGCUGCCAAACAUUCCUUCCCUGGCUUCAGGGCCAGUGCCCAGCCUUUACCAGGAGCAGCAUCCAAGACCAGGGCAGUGCCAAGUCUCUGGAUAGUGUUCUUCCACUGGGAGCUGUUAAUGUGUCGGUAAAGCCCUGAGUGGCAGGAGCAAUGAGAUCCAUGGCUGUGGCCUUGACUCAUCCUCAGACAUUCCCUUCCCAGCACACUGGGUUAUUGACUGGCAUGUAACCUGCCAAAGAAAAAUGGAUGCCCCAUUAACCACAAAUACCCUCAUCCUUGACUAAAACUACCUUCAGGUAAAACAGAGAAUAAAUUUUCAAGUUCUGUUUUAUGAGCUGCACCAAAAUUAGAAACAAGUCAGCAACAAAAACCUCUCAUGUCUUCUUCUGUCUAUAUGUUAAGUUUCUGGUUGCCAUUUGAGAUUGAAGUGACUUUCACUUGGCCAAGUUAUCUGAGACCCAAGGUGUAAUAAUCUUUAUUGCAGCUUAUGAAAUCAUAUUUUUCCAGUUUUAUCUGGACCAUCUUCCAAGGGUUUUGGAGUCAUACUUUAAGUGCAUUUAUGUGAUUUAGGAUUUGAUUCAUGUUUUAUUAUGUUUGUUCAACACUACCUAUAACAUUUUAACCAAAACUUCAAUGUAAUAUCAUGUUAAUACAUUUAUGUAAAUCUAUUUUUAAAUAUGUAAAUAGCUUUAAGUUGCUAUUGGUGAUAUUUCUAUUAUAAAUCAUCAAAAUAAAUCUUUUGGAUUGAUUUUU